AUGUAUGAAUAUUUGUGUCUUUACAGAUUCCGUGCAUUUGUUCCCCAUAUCCCAUUUGAUUUAUUACAGUGUGAAUCAGCAUUUCCAAAAUCCAAACCCCCAUCAGAUGAAAAAGCAUUUACUGAGGCACUUUUGAAAAGAAAUGCAGAUUUAACUCCUAAUGCAGCUGAACAAGCUUCAAUAUUAGCUUUAGUUACCAAGAUACAAAGUGUUUUAGAUAAUUUGGUUAUAGCACCUGGGGCUUUUGAUUCAGCUCAAAUAGAAGAAGUAAGACAAGUUGGAUCAUUUAAGAAAGGAACAAUGAUGACAGGUUCUAAUGUAGCAGAUAUUAUUGUAAUGUUAAAAACACUUCCUACUAAAGAGGCAGUUGCAGCAUUAGGUAACAAAGUCUUAGAAGAAUUGAAGUCACAAGAAUCUACAGAAGUUUUAAGUAUGUUAACAACAGAGAGUGGUUUCGAGAUAAGUUCAGCUGAUGCUAGUGUCAAAUGUUUGAUUUCUACAAUUCCACCAAAUUUGAAAAAAUUAGACCCAGAAUUGCAUUUGGAUGGUAAAGUCAUGCAGGGUCAUUUAGCUGGUAUCAGACAUGCUAGAUGGUUUGAAGAAAAUGCUGGACAUUCAAGUAUAAAAGUUUUGAUAAGAUUAUUAAGAGAUUUGAGAAAUAGAUUUGAAGGUUUACAACCAUUAACUCCAUGGAUCAUAGAUUUAUUGGCUCAUUAUGCAGUUAUUAACAAUCCUUCACGUCAACCACAACCUAUUAAUAUAGCUUUUAAAAGAUGUCUACAAUUAUUAAGUGCUGGCUUCUUUCUCCCUGGUUCAGUUGGUAUAACAGAUCCAUGUGAACAGGGCACAGUUAGAAUACAUACAGUUAUGACUUUAGAACAACAAGCAAUAUGUUAUACAGCCCAAACAUUAUUAAGAGUUUUAUCACAUGGUGGUUAUAAACAAAUAUUAGGAAUGGAGGGAAAUUCAAGUAUAGCAACUGAAAUGAGCGUCUGGGAAGGUGUGGUGGUUACACCAUCAGAUAAAGCAUAUGAGAAGAGUGAAGAUAAAGAUAAGGAUGAUGAAGAUGGUGAUGAAGAAGGCAUGGAAGUACAAGAAGCUUCCUAA